GGUCAGGGAAAUUUCAUUUUUCCAAUGCUCUUGUCCCUUGCUGAGCUUUAGUCCAUACAUAGGCAUGCUGCCGAUUCAGAUUCAAGGAUUUGGUGUAUGUACCUAGAGAUUUUGUAGAACUUCCUCAGGAGACAGCUUGCCCGAGUAUAUUAUCUUAGGUACUAUUAGGUUGUGAAAAAAAUGGUUUACAACACGAUUUGCUCAAAGCCGACUCCGAACACGAUUUUGUUCACAUCUGGAAUGAACAUCUCGCACUCAAAGUUGUCGAUGCCACGAACAACAGCGAAGAUCAAGUAGUCGUCGUGCUUGAGACCGCAGCGAGAGCAUGGAUACUUCCCGGUGUGCACACGAUCCCAUGCUUCGCGGUUAAGAUGAACAAGUUGACAGCGGCCACAAAUAAAAGCUUCGGGCGGCAAAGAAGCUGGCGUGAUGACCUUCUCUGACUCCGGCACGAAGACCUCCGAGUCCGCGGCCAUGGAGUCCACGACCUCCAUCUCCGAGGACAGCAUCGUCGACUCCAUGGAGUCUGGCACCAUCUCCAUCUCCAUCUCGACGGAGUCCUGCGCGAUGAUGGAGUCCACUGCCUCCAUGGACUGCAGGGGGUCGACGGAGUCCGCGGCCAUGGAGUCCAGCAGCAGGUCGACGGAGUCCGCGGCAACGGACAACAGCUGCUCGACGGAGUCCGCGACGGACAGCAGCAUGUCGACGGAAUCCACGGCGACCUCCUCUGAGCCCUGCCCGACGUCGUCCGUGGCGACCUCCUCCGACUCCGGCGUGGUCUCCAUCUCCAUCUUGGACUCCGGCGAGGCAUCCAUGGAGCGGCGCGUGGCGUGCGGCGCGUGA